GAUGUUUGCCUGGGAUGCAAAGGAGCGAAGCUGUGGGACCACAGGUGAUGGUGGAGGGAGCCAGGGCCACGGCCUCUGAGCCCAGGAUGCUGGGGGGGCCUGGGGAACACAGGGCUUGUGGAAAUGCAUGAGGAGCAAAGAGCAUGGGCUGAGAGCGGGAGAGGACAGAGGUUCCAGGGAAGAGCCCUGGGGCUUGGACGAGGGUAAGCGGUGGAGCUGAAAGGCCAGAAGCACAGCACAGAGGGAGGAUGAGGAUGUAAAUGAGCCUUGGACUGGGUUCUCGGCCACGGGCCUCUUAAGGUCACAGACCUCGAGGCUGUUUGAUUAACCUGUCUUGGGGACUGUGAUGGGGAGAAGAGCAGAGCUCGUAGGUGCCCUGGGGAGACAGAGCCUGACCUGCCACGUCAGGGGCAAGACCCCAGGUCAGCCCUGUGGGAGAGCAAGGCAGCAGCUGCCAUUUCCUGAGGAGGGUCCCACAGAGGCAGCUGGCACCGGAAGCAUCUCAGACACCCCUCCCAUCCACUCCUGAGGCCCACGAACCACAGGACCCAGGUUCUGGGCAUGAGACCUCCCUAGCUGGGAGUCUCUCUCGGGGAUCUGAAUCUGACCCCUCUCCGUGGUACCGGCACCGAGCACAGGCCUACCGAGGCUGGUUUGAAGACACGCACAGUGCACGGCAGUGUCAGCACCUUGGAGAGCUCCCCGCGGGGCAGUGAGGACUUGCUGGGACGCGGCUCCAGGCACUGGGUCUAACACACGCCGGUUCUCAGACACUUUCAGAGCUGAGAGAAGAGGGUGGCGGUCCGCCACUUUGAAGGGAAGCCUCUCUGCUGAACAGCUCAGGGGUGAGAAGGUUCUACCCAUGAAUCCGGCUCUUGUAGCUCGUUCUUCGUGACUCUUGCGGCCAAACUAUGAGGCCCCUCGCAGGGAGUCCUCAUGGUUACUCCCACUUGGCAGUCGCGCACACCAAAGCGGGACUGCGCGGCGCUGCACGGAGAGCCUGGCGCCGGGAAUGUGGGCGGACCCUCCGGCCCGUUGACCAAUCGGAGGUGGCGUCCGGCGAACAGGCGCCCGCUGCGGCCAAUAAGACGCCUCCCGCAGCAGUCGCCCUGGCAACUCCGAGUUGUUGGUUGCUGCGGAUACCGCCGCCGGCCUGGGCUGACCUAGACCCGUGGGCCCUCCUCACCAAAAAAGGCUACCAGGAGCAGGACCUGGACCCCCAGACUUCUGUCAUCACCAAGCUCAAAGGGGUUUCCGUGACCCAGAUCAGGGAGCUGGGGAAUCGGCUGUGGGACGUGGCUGAUUUCGUGAAGCCACCACAGGGAGAGAACGUGUUCUUCUUGGUGACUAAUUUCCUUGUGACGCCGGAACAGGUUCAGGGCAGAUGCCCAGAGGUGACUGAGGGCUCGUCACACCCCUCCAUCCCGCUGGCCAGCUGCUGGGCCGACGAGGACUGUCCUGAAGGGGAGGCAGGGACGCACAGCCACGGCAUAAAGACGGGCCAGUGUGUGGUGUUCAACGGGACCCACAGGACCUGUGAGAUCCGGGGCUGGUGCCCGGUAGAGAGCGGCACUGUGCCCACGAAGCCCCUACUGGUCCAGGCCGAGAACUUCACGCUGUUCAUCAAAAACACCAUCACCUUCCACAAAUUUAACUUCUCCAAGUCCAAUGCCUUGGAGACCCAGGACCCCACCUAUUUCAAGCGCUGCCGCUACGACCCAAGCUCCAGCCCCUCCUGCCCGGUGUUCCGCAUCGGGGACCUUGUGGCUGCGGCUGGAGGGGUCUUUGAGGACCUGGCACUGCUGGGUGGUGCCGUGGGCAUCCAAGUCCGCUGGGAUUGUGACCUGGACGCUGGGGGCUCUGACUGCCGGCCCCACUACUCCUUCCAGCUGCAGGAGAGGAGCUACAACUUCAGGACAGCCACUCACUGGUGGGAGGCCUCGGGCGUGGAGGCCCGGAGUCUGCUCAAACUCUACGGGAUCCGUUUCGACAUCCUCGUCACGGGGCGGGCAGGGAAGUUCGCGCUCAUUCCUACGACCAUCACUCUGGGCACAGGAGCAGCUUGGCUGGGCGUGAUCACCUUCCUCUGUGACCUACUGCUGCUGUACGUGGAUGGAGAAGCUCCUUUCUACUGGAAGACCAAGUAUGAGGAGGCAAAGGCUCCAAAGGUGACCACCAGCCCCGAGCAGACAGAGCAGGCAUCCACACCCCCGUGCCCAGCUGCCCAGGGGCCUUAGGGAGGACCCAGCAUCUGUCCCGAUGGCCACGGCUGCUACUGGGAGCUGGACACCGGGACCCUGGCCCUGUCUCCACUCACUGGCCCCCACUCGCCAGCCCUUCCUGAGGCUAGUAGCUGUUCCCUGCUGUUGGGGGUCUGGGCUGGGAAAGGUGGGGGCCUUGCCUGGGGAACCCCGUGGAUGGAGCCCCAGCACGGGGGGCGAGGGGGUGGAGAAUUCCAUCCUUCAACUCCCAGGCGGACCAUCCCUCCCCUGACUCAGGCCUCGGUAGGGUGCUGCCUGGGGAGAUACAGAAGCCAGUUUUGCACAGGGACCUGCAGCAGAGCAUGUCACAGGGCAUUAGUCCUGAGGGGCUCCUGCUGUGUCUGUGUCUGGAGAACUCUCUCCCAGGCUCUGUCACCAGUGCUCCCAGCCUCAGCCCACUCACCAGUGGUCAGAACAGACCCUCCCACUGUCUGUGGAGACCCCAGCCCUCUCCCCUGGCAGCGCCCCCAUCGCAGGUAGAGCCCCCACACUCUUAGCUGCGCUGCUCCAGGGUCUGUGCUGCCCGAGUCCAAGGCAGAGUAGACAGAGGCCUGAUAAGAGGGUUGCCUCCACUGUGCUGGUGCUGGGCUGCCUGGGGCAGGGCCCCACCCAGUGUGGGGCCUCAUCCAUGGAAUGCAAGUGAGGCCAGAUAACCCAACCCCCUCGGGCCCCCAGGCAAGGGCACAGGCACCCACUCAUUUUCUGUGCACCAGCCCCUUCUGGGGACAGCCCUUGGCCUGUGGAGGGCUGGGAUUGGGAGGAGAGGAUGGAGGAGCUAAGUCGGCAGUACUGGAGGCUCUAGGACCUUCUCUGGGCCCCCUGGGUGACACCCAGCCCAGCCUCCUGGAACCUGUUGGGGUGGGGAGGAUUGUGUCUGGAAUUCACUGCUGCCCGAGGUCACACCUAAGAACCAGCCUGAGGCAACAGCUUGAAGGAGAUCCUGUCCUUCACUUCAGGUGGAGUCCAGCCAUCUGGGCUGGAGGGAAAGUCCCAAACAAAUCACAGAGGCCCCCAGAGGCUGGCCUGGUUCUGGCUCUGGAAUCCUCAUGGGGGUCUGACUCCUGCCUGCUGGGAGCUCCCCACGCCGCAGGGGGUGCCCACAGUCGAGGGAGGGACAGGCUGUAGGGGUCUUGGCCCCAAGUCAGCGGCAGGGAUUUGGGGGAGGCCCCUGGGAGGUGAGGGGCUGCUUUUUCAUGGGCCCUGGUGAGCAGGCGUGCUGGCUGCUUGCUGGUGCAGUGACGUGGGCCGAAUGGGGAGGGCCAGGCUGGGGCUCAGGCUGGGCUAGCAUCUGGAACCAUCUGGCACCUGGAGCCUCAGCAAAGCCUUGGGGUCUCUGCCGCCUCUGGAUCCCUGCGUCCCUGGGGUGGGGUCACAUGGACAGGGGCCCAGAGAAAGCUGAUGUGAUGGCUACACAGUGAAGGAGUAAAGUCUGCCAAAGCCAGCA